CAACCUCUCCUGUUAAAGCACAACACAGGUCUAAUGUUUAUGAGGCAGACCUGAACGACUCUACAAGACUUUUCUGUUUUUCGUCCACCACUGGAGCGGCUUCUGGUUGCGGCGCAGAGAGGAUGCUUUUGUCUCUUCAGCGCACACCUGGAACAAGGAAACAGUGAGACAUUUUUGCCUGUUUCUGCUGCUCACACCAGAGGCAAAGUGAAGUAAAAGUUCCUUUUAUCACUUUUAAGGAAUGUCAUUGGAUAUGAGCUUUUCGCUCGAUAACCGGACUUGAUGUGCGUGUAGACUGUGACCUGUAGCAACACCUGACGCCGACAGGCACCAGUGCAAGAGACCAUUUGGUUUUCAGCUGCGCUCAGACUUUACAGUAGAAUUUACAGUCACGAUUUUGCACGCUGAACGCCGGAAACUGACAUUGUGCACACGAUUUCCUACAGCCUGCACUUAUAUUUUUGAAUUAUUCCGUUUCUUUGACAAUCAACAUUCCCCAUCAGAUAAGUGCAGCACGUUUUAGAGAACAAGGCGGGCAGCAUCGGGUGCUGUGAGGUGAAAAAGAAGCUAAAAGCACAACCAAAAAGCCGGGCAGCCAAGUCCAGCCAUCAGCAUGACGGACGGUGCAAGACUACGGAGCAGCACGUCGGGCUCUGCCAAGGAUGCUGCCGGCGAGAAGGAGUCGGGAGGUGUUGCGCUCAAGAAGGAAAUCGGGCUUGUGAGCGCCUGCGGUAUUAUCGUUGGUAACAUUAUCGGCUCAGGUAUCUUCGUCAGUCCGAAGGGAGUGAUGGAGAACGCCAGCUCCGUGGGCGUGGCUCUGAUCGUCUGGAUCAUCACGGGUGUCAUCACCGCCAUCGGGGCGCUGUGUUACGCCGAGCUUGGUGUCACCAUCCCCAAGUCGGGGGGAGACUACUCCUAUGUCAAGGACAUCUUCGGAGGGCUGGCUGGGUUCCUGCGCCUGUGGAUCGCCGUGCUGGUGAUCUACCCGACCAACCAGGCCGUGAUCGCGCUGACUUUUUCCAACUACGUCCUGCAGCCUCUAUUCCCCACCUGCUUCCCGCCGGAGAAUGGCCUGCGUCUGCUCGCUGCUGUCUGCCUCUUGCUGCUGACAUGGGUGAACUGCUCCAGUGUGAGAUGGGCCACCAGGGUGCAGGACAUUUUCACCGCUGGCAAGCUGCUGGCCCUCGCCCUCAUCAUCAUCAUGGGCAUCGUGCAGAUCUGCAAGGGAGAGUACUACUGGUUGGAGCCAGCCAAUGCCUUCGAGCCUUUCCAGGAGUAUGAUGUGGGUUUGAUAGCCUUAGCCUUCCUACAAGGCUCCUUCGCCUAUGGAGGAUGGAACUUCCUCAACUACGUCACAGAGGAGCUGGUGGACCCCUAUGUGAACCUUCCUCGUGCCAUCUUCAUCUCCAUCCCCCUCGUGACCUUCGUGUACGUCUUUGCCAACAUCGCCUACGUCACGGCUAUGAGUCCCCAGGAGCUGCUCGCCUCAAACGCUGUUGCCGUGACGUUCGGUGAGAAGCUGCUGGGAGUUAUGUCGUGGAUCAUGCCCAUCUCUGUGGCUCUCUCCACCUUCGGGGGAGUCAACGGUUCCCUCUUCACCUCUUCACGAUUGUUCUUUGCUGGAGCCAGAGAGGGCCACCUCCCCAGUCUGCUGGCCAUGAUUCACAUGAAACGCUGCACUCCCAUCCCUGCUCUGCUCUUCACUUGCCUGUCCACCCUGCUUAUGCUGUGCACCAGCGACAUGUACACUCUCAUCAACUAUGUGGGCUUUAUCAACUACCUCUUCUAUGGAGUCACUGUCGCCGGGCAGAUUGUCCUGCGUUUUAAACAGCCUGACAUGCACCGACCAAUCAAGAUCAGUCUGAUAUGGCCGGUCAUUUACCUCCUCUUCUGGGCCUUCUUGCUCAUCUUCUCCCUUUACUCUGAGCCUGUGGUGUGUGGCAUCGGCCUGGCCAUCAUGCUGACUGGCGUCCCCGUCUAUUUCCUGGGAGUCUACUGGGACAAUAAGCCACAGUGCUUCGACGCCUUCGUUGAUAAGAUGACGUAUGUGGGCCAGAAGUUUUGUAUGGUGGUUUAUCCGGCUGUAGAUAAUAGCAGUGGGAGCGGAGAGGAAGGAGAGGAAAUGAAGGAGGCCAGGUCUCCUCUGUCUAAGGAGGACAGAGACAACCACAAGUCAGCGGACUGCUAAAGCACACGUCUUUAUCUCCCACCUGCCCCAGAAGAAACAGACAUAUGCAGAUGCACACGUGGGUGCGCACACACUCAAACACACAUGCAAACAUACAACACAGUUUGUAGUGGAUUUACUGAUCAACACUUGUGCCCCCACACUUUGUCUUCAAAACUUUUAUUUGGUUUUAGCAAUAAUUUCUGUGCCAUGUUUGGUGUUAUAUGACCUUUUUCUGUCUGGGGUCCUUCAACAGUGCAAUAAAGAAAGGUUAGCAUCUUGCAGCUCCUCAAUACAUGCUUAAACAGACACAUUUAACCAUUUACUACUCUUCAUCAUCAUCAUCACCCUGCUCCUCUUCCUCCCUCUCCUCCCCCCCCACACACUCCCUGCACACUCCUACUGUAAGAGAUCAUUUUUGUUAGUGUUGUAUUAUUUUUAUCACAUGACUCUUACUGUACUGUGAUCUCUACGCAAACACUUUUUAUUUUUAUUUGUUUUGUUUUUCUUUUUUGCCACAUUGUAAGUUUUGUCGUACAUUCAACAUACCAAAGCUGUAUUUUGAUUGUCAAAGCAGAAAAUCAGAUUCAAGAUCAAGUCAUUUCAUGUCGUGAAGUACAUUAAGUACUGUGUUUUGUUUCUCUUUUUUUUUUUUUAAUUGUGAUAAUUGUUUAUAUCAGUUGCCUUUGUUGUUAUUGUAGCUUUAAUAUAUUAAUUUUAGUGAUAUUAUUUUUUUUCUAUUCAACAUCAUAUAUAUCUGGGCCUUUUUUUUUUUUUUUAACUCUUGCAACUGUGGAUGUGUACACCUGAAAGCUGAUGUGUGAUCUGUACUUUGUAUUGGUAAAUGUGCUGGUAAAUGAUGCACAGUUCUUUGUUAAUUGCCUUAAUUAGAAUAUAUUCAGUUUUUGGGUGCUAGUACAGCUCUGUUGUGACCGAUGUGGAGAGAUGGUUAAUCCUCAUUCUUCGGGGUAGUUUUUAAUGUUUAUGGAACAACAAAAAAAGUGUUAGUGUGUUAGUUUCUGAAAUCUGAGAGUUUUGGAUUGUUGCACGGACACAGAUAAUUAACCCACUGCAUGCAUAAAUAGGCAAGACAUGAUAGUUAUCGCCACCACAUUUGCAUUGUUAAUAUGCAAAUCCCUACACCGACACAUGUGAAUGCCUGUGUGAAAACAGUUGUUUUAUGGCAGAAGUGUUUUUGUAGCUUACCAUCUAGCUGUGUUUUAAAUAACUUUUUGUUCUUUAUUUAGGGUGUAGAAAUGAGAACUUUACAUUAAAAAUAUUUUCUGACUUAUACAGUCCACUAGAAGAGAUUUUAGUGCAAUAUUAGUACAGGCACCAGCAUAAAACUGAACAUGCUCCCCUGAAUUAACCUAUUCUGUGUUGUCUGGUAAUAGCUAUGUAUCUAUAUUUAUGCUGUAUAUUAUAGUAACAACACUCCUUCACACUUACACACAUUGUGUACUCUUGUGUCUUCAGUCUUUCUAUAAUGUGUUAGUGUCUCAGGGCAUCCCCACUGCCUUCUCGUUACACACACUGCCUAACACCUCCAGAACAUGAACACUCAACAGAUCUGACUGAUUCUUUGCUAAAUGUUUGUACUGGUGCUUUUAAAGAUCUACUUCCUCAGGAGUCUCAAUCUUACAAGCAAUCCCAAAAAUAUCUCAAAGAAGAUGACAAGUUUUGGCAAAAAUUAUUAUCAUUGGGCCAGUAUUGUAGAAGUUUCUCUUGUUAAACUGUAAGGGUGUCUUGGAUGUCUUACAACAAUGAUUGUGUUUUGUGCCUGUACGGUUAUUGUGUAUUUACAGUAUACAACAAUGUCACAACAGUCUGUAUAUUGUCUCUUAGUAAAUAAAAACCACUGACUGUUUGAAUUUGUAAUUCAGGGCCUCAUUUUUAUAUAUAUAUAUAUAUAUAUAUAUAUAUAUAAAAAAAACAAAGGUCCCUAUCUUUAUAUUUAUUCCAUUGUUAGAUAAUUUCAAAGAAUGUGAUUCAAUUCUUAUUACAUAUAUUUACAAUAAUGAAAUAUUGACAUUUUCCUCAAGUUAUAACAUACAAUAUAAACUUUGUGAAUGUCACAUUUCUCUUGUUUUACAUUCUUGCUACUCAAGGUUUCCUAAUAAGCCGCAACCUCGGCUUCUUGCUUUAAUUCAGACCAAAACAGGCCUUUUAAUGUGGUGGAAAUAUGAAGUUUUCUAUGUUGUAACAGUCAUCAUGUAUACUGAUAAUCUAAGCAAUUCUUCUCCUAGCAAUACAUCAUCGCACUACAAUACUCUGCCUGAUAAGAAUGUUAUUUCUAAAUCAUUUUGUGUACACAUUGGUCUCUAAUUAAAGUUGCCGUUUGCAGUGUACCUACCGUAAUGAGAGCCAUUUUGACUGACAUGUCUCUCAAACUUAAGUCUAUUUUUGUGUUAAAAAUAUAAAUGUACAUAUUGGUGGUGCGUGUGACAAGAAUAAAAAAUAUUCAUUAGUGAACAAGAA